AUGGCUCCAAGCAAUAACGACCCAAGCAUUGGUGGAGAGCUCACAAUCUGUGGCAUCGACCCGGCUCAUUAUGAGGGAACCAUCGCAUGGGUACCUCUUAUAGCCGAAAGAUUGUGGCGGAUUCAAUUAGGACCAGUAUAUACCAGAGGAAUGACGUUAACUACUGGUGGACAAGAAGCCAUUGUUGACACUGGAGUUUCCACUAUAACUGCACCAAUGAGUAUUGUGCAACAGAUCCAAAAUCUAACCGGAGCCAAAACAAACUCAGAAGGUGCAUAUGAAAUCGACUGUAAAAACAUCUCCACUUUGCCAACAAUUGUUUUCACCCUCGAUGAACAGGACUUUGUUCUUGAAGGACAAGACUAUGUUGUACAGGUAUUGACUAAAUGUUAA